AUGACUGCAUCAUUUUUAUCCAGCAUGAAGCCGGAAACUGCUAACAGUAAUUAUUCAUGUGAUAAGUCAGUCAUCAGUACGAAUCAAUUUUUUACGUUUCCAUUCAGACGUCGGCGAAAGCGUUAUACUAUCAAUCCGCCAGAUGACAUGUAUCAUGUAGUGUAUUUAGGGAAUGUUUUUACUGUUAUUGCAAAAGGCGAAGAAUGUGUAGAAAAGCCUUUGUCACUGAUUUGGCGAACAUAUUGCAGUCGAAAGCGUGCAGAGAUACCUAUGAAAUUAUUUGUUACACGUUCUGGACUUAAGGUAGAAACAUCACAGCAAGGUAUUACGGAAUAUUGGUCGCAUCGAAUAACUUAUUGCGUUGCACCAACAGCUUUGUCACGAGUGUUUUGCUGGGUGUAUAAGCACGAGGGGAAACGAAUGAAACCAGAAUUGAGAUGUCAUGCUGUGUUAUGCAAAAAACCGUCUGAUUCAUGUCAAAUAGCUCAAACACUUGAACGAUAUCUACGAGCUGCUCUUCAAGAGUAUCGUCGUGAAAAGUUGUGUCGUCAAAACGCCCGACUAAAUGCUUUGGUAAUUGGACAGUCAUCCACUGGACCUAAAAGGAAACAAUUGCUGCAAACAGGUACACUGAAUUUCCGACCACCAGUCAGUCGUACGAGAAGUGCACCAAGACUGUUUGCAAUUGAUGAAGAAGACGAAACUGUUGAAGAACAGCAGGAAGAAUAUUCAGAUAUUGACUCGAUAUGUUAUCAAGAAUCUCCAAUAGGUGAUGAUGCCUGCAGUACUAAUAGCUUUGAAAGCAGCGCUACAACAGAAAUUACAUUUUCUAGGCAAAAUUCUAUUCGAGGUAGUGUUGGUAGCAAAAAAAUAUUGGACAAACUGCGUGCUGGAAGUAAUGUUGAGCAAAAAGGUCGACCAAAUGGAUCAGCAAUUAGUAGUAGCACUGAUUUUAGUGCAGGACUAGACUCCGGUCCAUCAAGUAUUGAUUCAAAUGAAGGGGCAACGCAAUCAAGUGAUUUUGAAAAUCGUUUGUGGAAGUUACAUCGAUUACGCCACAGGUUUGAAAAACAAUUGGAAAUGGAAACUGAUGCAGUUAGCGAAGAAUCUGGUUAUCAUGAGUUUGAUAAUGAUACCAAUGGUGUUAAUAGUGAUAGAGAUGAUGAUAAUAGUAACGAACUUUUUCAUGAUGACGAUGAAAGUCAGUAUGAUGAGCAAGUGACUGCUCUGUAA